UGUUAAUUUCGGAAGCAGACUCGUAUAUAUAUAUUGAGUAAAUCUAGAGAAAUACGAGUAUAGGAUCAAGAAAAAUGAUGAGAAGCGAGAGAUGUAUAGGAUCAAUAAUUACUAUCGUAAUUUCGACAAUAUUAUUAGUCGGAAUAAGGGGAUCAUUCGCACAAGAAAGCGUAGACCGAUCAUGCUUGUUGACAAUUAGCGAUUGUAUGGAAGAUUCAAGCAGUAUUCUUGAUUGUUGUCCAACCAUCAAAGACGCCAUUGCAGAUGAAAGAGAAUGCUUUUGUUUGACAAAGGAGAUUUUCGGACGCAAUGCCUCCCAUGCCAGAACUUGGUCUAACAUUCUCAUUUUUUGUAGCGUUACUGCUUCGUUAGACUCCUUAUGCCCUGAUUCUGAUUCAAGCCCUAUUGUGCCUACAUCUUCCUCGCCAGAGUCACCACCAAGUAUUGAGCCUAGCCCUUCAGAAUCUGAUCCCAUUACCCCAUCAACAGGUAUUGAGCCUAGCCCUACGGAAUCUGAUCCCAUUACCCCAUCAACAGGUAUUGAGCCUAGCCCUACAGAAUCUAAUCCUGUUUUGCCGCCAACAGGUGACCAAACUCCAUCAAGCCCCGCUGAAACUUUAUUUCCACCAACGCCAGCUACUGAUUAUGAUACGGGCAAUGAAAGUGAUGAAAAGGAUGGUAAUGAUACUAGCAAUGAAAGUGGUGAUGGUAAUGAUACUAGCAAUAAUGGAAGUGGCGACGAAAGUGAUUUUAAUGAUACUAAGAACACAGGUGGUGGUACCAGCAUAAGAGGUGGUGAUAAAAAUGACAGUAAUGCAAACAAGAUCAGAUAUUAUCAAAUGGUCUUAUUUUCUAGUAAUGCACUCUUUAUUUGGGCGAUACUAUUGUCUUAAAAUUCUGCGGCGACUAUAAUUUUUUUUCUUCAAAAAUACCUUUAUCAUCUAACCGCAUUUUUGGAAUCGUUAUAAAAAUGUUGUAUAAAUUGGCUUGGCUUUUACUCUUUAUUACUCCCUCUAUUCCUCAAAGAAUGUUAUGUUUGCCUUUUUAAGCAUUUUCAUUUAACGGUUAUGCUUCAACUAUUUUAAUUUUCGAUCGAUACAAAUUAACCCUUGAAAGCUAUGCAAAAAAAAAUCCUCCUCAUUACUUACAU